AUGAACACCAUCCCCAACCCCCUCAAAUACCGCCUCAUCUUCAACGCCCCUCCCUCCGCCGUCGCCGCCUGCAAAGCAGCCAUCUUCGCCGCCGGCGCAGGCAAAUACCCCGGUCCCGGCGACUACACGGAGUGUUGCUGGACAACAACGGGAACCGGUCAGUUUCGCCCGGGGGACGCAGCAAACCCUCAUCUGGGUAAGGUCGGGCAACUGGAAGAGACGCCCGAGGUGCGGGUGGAGACGAUCUGUGUGGGUGAGGAUAUCGCGAGGAAGGCGGUUGAUGCGUUGAAGAAGGCUCAUCCGUAUGAGGAGCCGUCGUAUAGUGUGUUUCGGAUGGAGGACUUUUAG